AUGGCAAGCUUAGGCGCCAACUUCACAAGUCCAAGUUUCGCUGCACUCAACUCUAAAGCUAUAAGAGCAACACUAGAUUGGCAUAAAGACACUUCAAUGCCAAUCCUCCCGGACUUCUUGAGAAAGCAACCGGAAAAUCUUUUUGAAGUAGACGUGCAAGGUAACACAAUCGUUCACUUUCUGGCCAUGAGUGGCCGAGCAUCGGCCUUGGAGAAGCUGCUUCAAGAUGGCCCCUUAACAAGCCAGCAGCUCAUGCAACUGAAUCACAGAUGCGAGACGGCCCUGCACGGAGCAGCGAGGUUUGGGAAGCGCAAUGCUGCAGAAAUCAUGUUGAAGAAGAACCGGAAUCUGGCCUUUGUGCGCAACAAUUUGGGAGAGACGCCCCUCUACGUCGCUGCUGCUUAUGGAAAGAUGGACGUCUUCAAUAUUCUCAGGGUGCAUGGCGGAGACUUGAUCAGGAGGAACGAUGGCCGGACGAUCUUGCACGCAGCCGUUAAUGGACAACAUUACAGUCUUGCUUUGGAGUUAUUGGAAUUAUAUCCUAAUCUUGCAGCAGCACAUGAUGAUAAGGGAACCACUGCACUGAAUUUGUUGGCCACCAAACCCAAAUCCUUCAAAAGUGGAUCAUGGUAUUCUCUCAAGAAUCUUGGAAGCAGGGCCUACGUUCCUCUCCAGUUCCUUCUUUGCAUGGCCUAUCUUUGUAAGCGGGAGUGUCCGAUAAAAUUGCACUCAAUUAAGUUAAUUGAAAUAUAA